AUGGUCUGGUUCUCCUCAUCACCCUCACAAGCCGCACCAGAACCCUCACGAGAUGGCGGUUUCAUCGCACCCGAUCGAACUGCUCGCCAACAAUGUUGGGACGGCCGGGACAACUUCUUCAAAUGCUUGGACAAAGUCGGGAUCAUCGAUAGCGUGAAAGAGGACGACAGGGCCAAGAAGAGCUGUGCGCCGGAAUUGAAAGAGUUCGAAAAGGCUUGCGCGGAGAGUUGGGUAAGUCCUGGAUACUGUCAGACUGCUCUGCAGCUAUAUUGACAUCGGCAAAGGUCACAUACUUCAAGAAGAGGCGAGUGAUGGAGUACCAACGAGACCAAACGCUGAAGAAGUUGAACGCGGAAGGGGCAACGCCAAUGGACGUUGGAGGCGGACAGCCACGGAGAUGA